AUGGAGAACGUCCGUAACAUAAAGAUGCCUGCGGGUGGGGGUGGCUCCCGCUUGGCAUCGUUGCUUGUGGUCGGUGGCGCGGCGGUCUAUGGCAUCGCCAACAGCCUGUUCAACGUCGAGGGUGGUCACAGGGCCAUCGUGUUCAACCGCAUCGGCGGUCUGAGUGACGAGGUGAAGCCGGAAGGGACGCAUCUCAUGCUCCCCUGGUUCCAGCGCCCCAUCAUCUUCGACGUGCGUGCCCGACCCAACGUCAUCACCUCCACCUCCGGCUCCCGCGACCUCCAGAUGGUCAACAUCGGCCUGCGUGUGCUCACCCGGCCCAUGCCCGAGAAGCUGCCGGAGAUCUACCGCACGCUGGGCACCGACUACGCGGAGCGCGUGCUGCCCAGCAUCAUCCAGGAGACGCUCAAGUCGGUGAUCGCGCAGUACAAUGCCUCCCAGCUGCUCACCAUGCGCGAGGUGGUAUCGCGCGACAUCCGCCGCAUCCUCACCCAGCGCGCGCGCUACUUCAACAUCGUGCUGGACGACGUGAGCAUCACCAACCUCACCUUCUCCCGCGAGUACACCUCCGCCGUGGAGGCCAAGCAGGUGGCGCAGCAGGACGCGGAGAAGGCCAAGUUCAUCGUGGACAAGGCGCAGCAGGACAAGCAGUCGGCCAUCAUCCGGGCGCAGGGAGAGGCGCAGUCCGCCACGCUCAUCGGCCAGGCCAUCAAGGACAACCCCUCCUUCAUCACUCUGAGGAAGAUCGAGGCCGCGCGCGAGAUCGCCGGCACGGUGGCCUCCUCCGCCAACCGCGUGUACCUCAGCUCCGAGUCCCUGCUGCUCAACAUGUCUGAGCUGGACGUUAGCAACAAGAAGAAGUGA